AUGCUUUCUAAUGUAAAUAAUGGGUGUUAAGCAUAAUUAAUAUUACUUUUGUUAGCAAUAAAUAUUUUGAUUGGAACAGGUGCUGCUGUAUUAUUUACAUACAUGAGUGCUAAUUCUUGCUCUAGAGCAUUUUAAGCCGCAGCUGGGGCUUCAUAUACAUAUAUUCUUUUAAGUUUUCUUUAAUUGACUGUGACUUAUACCUGGAAACAGAUACCAGUUUAGCUUAUGUUUUUAUUGCAUUUAUUUGUUUUUUUGGAUUCUAUAGUCACAUUGGCAUUUUCUGUUACCCAAUCGUUUUGCGGGUAUAAUAUUUGUAUCGCAGGUCUUAAUGAAACAGAGUUCUAUAGCUGGUUUAAUGGUUCAAUUGUUAAAAGUUAAAUAUAAGUAUCCUGCUAUGAUAGUACAAGUGUUGAAUCAGAAAUUUUGAGAGUAGCGAAGUAAUAUUAAGGUAGUGCAUAAUUUAAUUAUGGGGAUCAAUAUAGCAUAAAUUACGGAUGGCCUAUAUCAAUAAGUGUUUUAAUGAUGUUGAUUACUUUUUUAACUCUAUUAAUCACAUACAAAGCUAUAUAUAGUUGUGAUGGGUGUGUAAUAAGAAAGUCUGAUUUUUAAAAGACAUAUUUUUAAUUUUCUGAUGAUGAAGAUGAUGACGAAGAAAGUUGA